UCUAUGACCUGACAAAAACGUACGGAAGAGAAGGGCACAAGACUCCUUUCGCCCCCAAAUUUGGAAAAUCUUCUACUCACGAAACCUGGUCAUUUUCACACCAGACCUAAUAAUAUAAGCCGGACAUAAUUACGUCCGUCCCACCCCCGUCUUUGCGGAAUUUCCAGCUUUUCUAAAUUUUGCUCUAUCCUUUUUCUCUGACUCACAUCCAAAAAGACAACCCACCAACCAACCCGCCAACCCGCCAACCCUCAACCCUCGACUAAGAAGACGAAUUUUGGUUACAUCGUGAUCGUGAUCGUUGUUGGCUAGCAGAAGACUUGCGCUGCGUCAUAUUAUAUUCUGAAUAAGCUAAAUAAGCUAGUCGACACUAUGGCUGAGCCACGAUACCGUUAUUCGGGUCGUAGGUCGCCUCAAGUUAACCCCGCGCGAGCAUCGAUGCCCGUGAAUAUUGGGUAUAACCCUCAUUACAGCGGGGAUCUUCAUACAGUUCAGACGGCUCGUUAUGAUGCCGCUGUCCCAAGAAGAGCGACUGAUCAUAAAGUGACCUCGAAUCCCACUGCUACUAUCACCACUUAUAACGUUACUAAAGAGCCUGCUGCUGCUGCUGCAUCUGCUUCCGCCGCCGCCGUCGCCGCACAACGAAGCUCUAAUUCGAAUACAUCCCGUCGUCGUUCGUCGACGGUAGAUACCAAUCCUGUAAAGCCUAUUAUAGUUACCACCAAUCACGCUUCUCGACCUCACGGCGCCUCCUCUCAUACGUCGUCUGCUGCGCGUACAACUAGUCCGUCGCGCGAUCCCUACCGGUCAAGCGAUGAAACCUACUAUACGCAACCGGCCUCUUCAAUACGUUCUCGAAGCCAGGCUCGAUAUGGCCAUGGUUAUACUCAAAGCGCAACCUUAAGCAAUGAGGAAUUCUCCCGAUUGAGGGAACGAGUCGGCGACGACAGACUUCGACCCCCAACGCAUGUCGCAACCGAUUAUUACCGCUCUUCGCUUCCUCAUGCCAAUUAUACGACUCCAUCCUUCGACCUCAAUAGCACGGCAGUCGUCGAUUAUGAUAACGAAGGCUAUGAGUAUACAAAACCUAGCGAUUUGGCUAGGUACGAUUUGGAUCAUGAUCGCCAGCUACCCCAUAGAAAUCGGAGGGAGAGUCUUGAUCGUUCUUACCACCGUCCUACCGUAAACGUCGUGAGUAACGAUCUGGGUCGUUAUGAUACUCGCGGUCGCGGACCACCUCCUUCAUCUAGCGCACUCGAGCGUUACAACAGAACUACAGCCGCUGGUGUCUAUGAUCGUCCUACCGUUACUAUGCCUGCUUUACCACCGGUACCUGCUGCUCCGCCGGUUGAUCCCCUACGCCGGAUUGAAGCCCCGAGAGACCCGUCGCCAGACCGCAAGACAGCUCGACCGCGCCCAGUUUCUUUAUAUCAAGACGCGCCAGCGCGCAUGUCGCAUCCCGAGGAAAUCUACCGCUCCAAAGAUGACGAGCGCCUGCAUCGUCGCCAGGACCGUAAGGACGGAUACCGCGAUGAUGAUGUCCCUGCUCGCGGAUUCGGGAUCCGCACGAACACGAACACAUUAGAACCGGAGCGCGCGGAUCGUCCGGCAAGGUCAGUUGAUCGGCGCGAUUACGACGAUCGACGCCAGCGACGAGACGUAGCAGAGCGCGAGCCUCGACGCCGCUCUGAUGAGUCGAUCGACUAUACUCGGAGUCACGAUUCUCGAAAGCCUACUGAGGACACCGUAAGCCGAACUAACUCGGUCCGGGACCCAAAGGAUAGCGUCAGCCAGAAGAACGGCGUAGGUGGCCGAACUCGCGACAAAAUCGCCGCCGGACUGGGUGUCGCUGCUGCUGCGGCGGUGGGCCUUGUACCCAGGGACACUACUAAGGAUGAUGAUCGGAAAGUUUCACCACGACGACGAGACCCCGAUGAAGAUAAAGACACCGGAAGCUCUCGCACCGCGGAUAAGUAUAAGCCUAGGGAGAAGGAUAUAGAACGAAAAGCCUCCCCUCGAGAAGAGCCAGUCGCCGUAGACUCGCGACGGGAAUCCCGGAAAGAGCAGGCGGACUCGACGUCAAGCUCUAGGGAACGCGAAAGGGAACGCGAACUUGAAAGGGAGCGUGUCCGUGAGCGGGCUUAUGAGCGCGAACGUGAGAGGGAGCAAAGCCAGCGCGAGAUCGAGAAAGAACGGGAGCGGGAACGAGAGCGAGAGAAAGAAAUAUUGCAGCGAGAGCGUGAAGUAGAACGAGAGGCUGAACGUGAACUCGAGCGCAAUAGCCGGGAUGAUAAAACCAGAGUUAACGGAUCCGCCGCUGUAGACUCGAAAGACGACUCGUCAAUCCCCGAAGACUCUAUACCAGCAACGCGAAGGCGGCGCCGUAACUCUUCAACCUUUGAUCCUACAGACACGGUUGAUCUGCUGGACGUAAAAGCGGAACUGGCCGCAAAAGAGGAUCAAGACAAGACAAAGGAGAAGCCAACCGCCAAGGAGGCAGUAUCAGACAAGGAGACGACUCGUUCUGCUUCCGUGGAGCGUAUGUCGACCGGCUCGCGCGAAGAGUCUCGCGGCCGUGAUAACAUCACUGCUGCAGAGAGGGAGAAGCAAGUCCGGGUCGUCUCGCCUCCGCGAGAGAAGUCUGAUCAGAAGCCCAUCAAGGGCAUCCUAAAGCCGCCGAGCGCAAAGUUCCCCGAGGAUCAAAACCCUAUCCGAGAAGGCGUCGCGCCGCACAAGGACGACAAGACGAAGAAGGGCGUCCCGCCAGGUGCCCGCUGGACCAAGAUCAACAGGAAACUGAUCAACCCCGCCGCCCUGGAGAACGGCAAGGAACGCUUCGAAGUCCGCGACGACUUCGUCAUCGUUCUACGGGUCUUGACCAAGGAGGACAUCCAGAAAUACGCCAACGACACCGCCAAGAUUCGAGCCGAGAAGAGGAGAGAAUACGAGAAGCAGUUCGGCCAAGAGCGCAACUACGAGUCCCACCGCGAGGACCGCGACUACUCGGACGACGAGAGGCGCAUCCAUCACAGCAACCCUCGCGACCACAAGAACGACCACGACUACAGAAAAUACCGCGACCGGGACGACGACAGAGACCGUCCCCGCCGCGCGCACAGGCACGGUUCGGAUUCCGACGACGGCGACGUCCGCGGCCGGAGGGCGAUCGAGUACGACGUCAGCAGCAACACCAGCCACGAGACCCGUCCCCACCGUUCUUCUCAUCGCGACUACGACGCCGUGUCUACCAAGGCAAGCGACAGGCGUUAGUUAAGCCAGCCUACCUUUUCCGCGACUACUACUACUACUAUAUAAAAGAUGUAUAUGAUACGCUAUUUUCUCGUUCCCGUGUAUCCAUCCAUCCAUCCAUCACCGAGGAGAACCAACCGUCUUCAGAUCUAUCUUUUGAGAUAUGUAGACUCGAGCGCGUCAGGGG